GUUGUAAUUUUUAUCUCGAACCCUCAACACCUUUGCCACAGAUUUCUGAUUGGAAAGUUUCGGAAUAAAAAUUUACAAACUACAAAAUUUCACAAGGGAAAUACUUUCGGUUCCUAACUCCGUGAAGCUUGUUGGCGCUCAAGAAAAACUCGGGUAUUCUGACGCGUAAAAUCGUUGCAGCAAAAUCAUGUGCGGCGGCUAUGGUUGUGGCAGCUACGGUUAUGGACCCUCUGGUCCAUGUGGUGCCUGGUGUGGUUCGUACUGCGGCCCCUCGUGUGGACCCUGCUGUGGACCGUCGUGCGGUCCCUGCGGCUACUCGGGUGGCUGCUGUGGGGCGCUUGGUUGCGGCCCAAGCGGACCGGCCUGUUGGCCAUAUGGACUGUACACAUGCUGAGCUUCAGAAGGAUUUCAGGAACCAAUGAGAAGUUCCAUCCAAACUCGUUAAACGAGAGGAGAGAAGUCGCAUCGGAUGUGCAAAGGGAGAAAAGCGGAUUUCAUUACAGCAGAGAGAGGCCUUUGGUUACCGUUGCCAGCCAUUGAAAAGCGCGCAAAGAA